CCCACCCCGCCCACCAGCCCCGGUCCGCUUCCGCCGCGGAGAUUUUCGGUGUUGCUGGUUGACGGCUUUGUCCGUUCACUUGUCCGUCGGUCUGUCUAGUCAUCCAUCCGCUCCCGGCGCAGCGAGAGCCCGAGGCGGCCGCUCGUCGCCCGUCGUCGCAUGCCCCCCGUGGGCGGAGGUGGCGGGACCGCGGUGCCGGCGGUGAGGGGCCAUGGCCGCUCCCGGUUCGGAGAAGAGCAGCAAGAAGAAGACGGAGAAGAAGCUCGCAGCCCGCGAGGAGGCCAAGCUGCUGGCUGGCUUUAUGGGCGUCAUGAACAGCAUGCGCAAGCAGAGAACGCUCUGUGAUGUUAUUCUUAUGGUUCAGGAAAGGAGGAUCCCAGCUCACCGUGUUGUGCUCGCCUCAGCAAGCCACUUUUUUAACUUGAUGUUUACUACAAAUAUGCUUGAAUCAAAGUCCUUUGAGGUGGAGCUGAAAGAUGCGGAACCUGACAUUAUUGAACAGCUUGUGGAGUUUGCUUAUACUGCAAGAAUUUCUGUUAACAGCAAUAAUGUCCAGUCUUUACUAGAUGCAGCAAACCAAUAUCAAAUUGAACCUGUGAAAAAAAUGUGUGUGGACUUUUUGAAAGAACAAGUUGAUGCUUCAAAUUGUCUUGGUAUAAGUGUGUUAGCAGAAUGCUUAGACUGUCCAGAACUGAAAGCCACCGCAGAUGACUUUAUCCAUCAGCAUUUCACUGAGGUUUACAAGACAGAUGAAUUUCUUCAGCUUGAUGUUAAGCGUGUGACACACCUCUUGAACCAAGAUACACUGACUGUGAGGGCAGAAGACCAGGUUUAUGAUGCAGCAGUCAGGUGGCUGAAGUACGAUGAACCAAAUCGCCAGCCAUACAUGGUUGACAUUCUUGCUAAAGUCCGAUUUCCUCUUAUAUCAAAGAACUUCCUAAGUAAAACAGUUCAGGCUGAACCACUUAUUCAGGAUAACCCAGAAUGCCUUAAGAUGGUGAUCAGUGGGAUGCGAUACCAUCUCCUUUCCCCAGAAGACAGAGAAGAGCUAGUGGAAGGUACACGACCAAGAAGGAAGAAACACGAUUAUCGCAUUGCUUUGUUUGGAGGCUCACAGCCCCAGUCCUGCAGAUAUUUUAAUCCAAAGGAUUACAGCUGGACAGACAUCCGAUGUCCCUUUGAAAAGCGCAGGGAUGCAGCUUGUGUCUUCUGGGACAACGUAGUUUAUAUUUUGGGUGGUUCCCAGCUCUUCCCUAUAAAGCGAAUGGACUGCUACAAUGUGGUGAAGGAUAGCUGGUAUUCCAAGCUAGGACCUCCAACACCUCGAGAUAGCCUUGCAGCCUGUGCUGCUGAGGGCAAAAUUUAUACAUCUGGUGGUUCAGAAGUGGGAAAUUCCGCACUGUAUUUGUUUGAAUGCUACGAUACGAGAACCGAAAGCUGGCAUACAAAGCCCAGCAUGCUGACUCAACGCUGCAGUCACGGAAUGGUAGAGGCGAAUGGUCUCAUUUACGUGUGUGGAGGGAGCUUGGGAAACAAUGUUUCCGGAAGAGUACUAAAUUCCUGUGAAGUUUAUGAUCCGGCCACAGAAACAUGGACUGAGCUGUGUCCAAUGAUUGAAGCCAGGAAGAAUCAUGGACUGGUGUUUGUAAAGGACAAAAUAUUUGCUGUGGGUGGACAGAAUGGCUUAGGUGGCCUUGAUAAUGUAGAAUAUUAUGAUAUCAAGAUGAAUGAAUGGAAGAUGGUGUCUCCAAUGCCAUGGAAAGGUGUAACAGUGAAGUGUGCUGCUGUGGGAUCCAUAGUUUAUGUCCUGGCUGGUUUUCAGGGUGUUGGUAGAUUAGGGCACAUUCUUGAGUAUAAUACUGAAACAGACAAGUGGAUAGCCAACUCCAAAGUCCGUGCUUUCCCAGUGACAAGUUGUUUAAUCUGUGUCGUAGACACUUGUGGUGCAAAUGAAGAAACUUUAGAGACCUGAAAAUCUGUAGAAUAUGCAAAGAAAUUCUUCAAGGACUUGGGGAAAGAUGGCCAUUGGUACUUUGCUUCCAUGUUUUAUUGAAUCUUGUUAUACCAAGUAAUAGGAAAAACUGAAAUGCAGUCUUAUUGUAUAACAUGGAUUUUUGUGAUGCCCAUUUUAUUGUCUGUUUUGAGAUGGGGAUGUGCUUUGAGAAUUCACAUACCUACCUGAACACGUCACAUCUUCCUUUAAAAGGACUCUGUGUGCUGCCUUGUCAAAAAAAAAGACCCAACCCAGUUAUUUAGAAGAGCUCAAACCAUUUGAUAAAGAUAACAUUUGUGGUUAAAUGACACCCAAACAUAUUUCUUCAUUUGAUAAAGGUGAGUAAAUAUAUCUUGCAUCAUUAGGAACACAAACUUUUCUCAUUUAUACAUACCUGCAAAAAUCUUAUUUUGAUGCCGUGAACAUUUUGCUCAGGAAAGACCAAGAACAGCUGUUUGACUCCUGUAGUGAUAGAGUAUCCAACUGUCUUAUGCCAGUGAUUUUCAUCUUCAUCUGGGUGACUGCAUAUUGAAUUCCAAGUCAGACAGACCAUAUAUAUCAUGUAUACACAGAUCUGAGGAAUACUUGGCUUAGUAUCAUCUUUGGCAUUUUGGAAAGCUAUCACAAAAAGACUUUCUUAGUAGAUGGAGGUGGGUGGGGAAGGUCUGCAGUAAUUGUAGACUGUGUAAGCAGGUUAGGAACUUGAGGUUAAUUUUCAGUACACCCUCCCAGGCAAACGACUGGAUGUACUGUGAAUGCCAAGCUGUUAGCAAAGAUGGGAAUAAGAAUAAGAAAGCAAAGUCAGUACCAGAAACAUACUGAUUUUUCUUCUUGAAAAUGGCUGUUUUUAAAAUGGCAUGAACCAAGUCAUUAAAGUUAUUUUAUAGAA